AUGGGGACUGCGGGUCCAGUUCUUUGGAUCCUUUCUGCUUUGACACUUAAUCAUGCCUUUGAACUGUCAUCUCGAGUGUCGAAUCCGUCACAUAAUGAUCGAGUCUGCAGCACCUGGGGAAAUUUCCACUAUAAGACAUUCGAUGGAGACAUUUACCAGUUUCCUGGACCCUGCAACUACCUCUUUUCUUCCAACUGCAAAAAUACCUUUGAAGAUUUUAAUAUCCAGAUAAGGCGCUCUGUUGACUCACAGAAGCCAGUUCUGUCCUAUGUGGUUAUAAAGAUUGAAGGGCUCUUCAUUGAGAUGAAGAAGGGAGACAUCAUUGUGGGAGGAGAACAUGUUUCGCUUCCAUUCAGCCAGUUUGGAGUUCAGAUACAGCAGACCAGUGUCUAUGUGAAGGUAUCGGCCAAGCUGGGGUUAACUCUUUUGUGGAAUAAUGAAGAUUCUCUGAUGCUUGAAUUGUCCUCAAAAUACAUGAACACAACGUGUGGAUUGUGUGGAAAUAUGAACGGGAUCAGUCAGGAUGAAUUCCAAACCAACAAUGUACUGUUGACUCCUGUACAGUUUGGAAACUUGCAAAAGUUUGACGGGCCCACCGAACAUUGUGAAGAUGUUAUUUCAUCUGUCCAAAAAAACUGCAGUGACUUGAAGGAGACUUGUGUCAGCAUGCUCUCCAGCCCAGCAUUUGAUGACUGUAACAUACGUCUCCCCGAGAAGUCCUACAUAGAAGCUUGUAUGUCAGAUCUUUGCAGCUGUCAGUCUUCAAAUGACGCGUCCUGUUUCUGUAACACUUUAGCCGAGUACUCCCGACAGUGUGCCCAUGCUGGUGGACGACCAAGUAACUGGAGAAACAAUAUGUGUGCAAUCACCUGCCCAAUGAAUCUGCAGUAUGAUGAGUGUGGUUCUCCUUGUGCUGACACCUGUUCCAAUUUUGAGCAAACCCAUGUUUGUGAAGAACAUUGUAUAGAUGGCUGCUUCUGUCCACCAGGAACUGUAUUUGAUGAUGUUCACCAGCAAGGCUGUAUCCCACUCAGCGAGUGCUCCUGUACUUACAACAAUACGAUAUAUGCACCUGGAGAAUCCUACAGCACGAACUGCCGUAACUGCACCUGUCAAGGAGGUAAAUGGAGCUGCCAGGACCUUCCAUGUGCUGGAUACUGUUCUUUGGAGGGAGGAUCUCAUAUCUACACCUAUGAUGGUAGUCACUAUAACUUCCAUGGGCAAUGUAAUUACAUCUUUACAAAGGACUGUGUUCAAGACAUGUUUACUGUACUUGUUGAGCUGGCGCAAUGCGGUGUCACCAAAACAGAGACCUGCCUAAAAAGUGUUACCCUUUCCCUGGAGAAAGGAUUUACUGUCAUAACAGUGAAAUCUUCUGGCACUGUCCUCUUGAAUGGAAUCUACUCCAGUUUACCUCUCUUUACAGACAAUCUUGCUGUGCUCCAGCCUUCCUCCUUUUACUUGAUUGUUAAGAGUUUCAGUGGAAUCCAGAUCCAAAUCCAGCUUAACCCUGUUAUGCAAAUCUCUGUGAGCUUGGAUGAGAGGUAUAAGGGAGAAGCAUGUGGACUGUGUGGGGAUUUCAACAAUAUCCAAACAGAUGAUUUCCGAGCUGGCAGUGGACUUGUGGAAGGAACAGCUUCUGGUUUUGCCAACACUUGGAAGGCCCAGGCAGACUGUCCAAAUGUGAAGGACAGUUAUGAUAAUCCAUGUUCUCUCAGUGUGGAGAAUGAGAGAUUUGCCCAGUACUGGUGUUCUCAGCUAUCAGACAGCAAUGGAAGUUUUGCACCUUGUCAUGCUGCUGUGCAUCCAGAAAUAUAUCAAAAGAACUGCAUGUAUGACAGCUGUAACUAUGAAAACAGUGAGAACAGUGUAUGUGCAGCAUUAUCAGCCUACGUACGGGCCUGUGCCGCUGAGGGAGUGAUCCUGACGGGGUGGAGAGGUGUCGUCUGUGAUAAAUAUACAAAGAACUGCCCAAAGAACAGCACCUAUCAGUAUGCCAUUAGCACUUGCCAGAAAACCUGCCGUUCUCUGAGCGAUCCCGACCCCAGCUGCAGCUUCGAGCUCCCUACUGUUGAUGGCUGUGCUUGCCCAAAUGGGACCUACCUUCAUGACAGCGGAGCCUGUGUUCUUGACAAGCAGUGUCCUUGUUACUACAAGGGAUCGAUAAUGCCACCAGGAGAGGUCGUUUAUGACAAGGGGGCUAUGUGCACAUGCCAGAGUGGCAGAUUACACUGCGUUGGCAAAACACCAAGCAUUGCAGUGUGCCCUGACAAUAUGGUUUAUUUUGACUGCGCCAAUGCUUCAAAGGGAGGAAAAGGUGCUGAGUGUCAGAAAACGUGCCAAACCCUGGACAUGGAAUGUUUCAGUAUUCAGUGUGCUGCGGGUUGUGUCUGUCCGGACGGCCUUGUGCUUAGCAAUAAUGGCAGCUGUAUUCCUGAGGAAGAGUGUCCAUGUGUCCACAAUGGAGAAAUUUACCAAAGUGGAGAAACCAUCCAGCAAGACUGUAAUACAUGCACCUGCAAAGACAGAAAGUGGCAGUGCACACAGAAUGAGUGUCAUAGGACGUGUGUUGUAUAUGGAGAAGGACACUAUGUCACCUUUGAUGGCAAGCGUUUCGAUUUUAGCGGUGACUGUGAAUACACGCUGACUCAGGAUUAUUGCUUAUCUAACUCUGGAAAUGGUACUUUCCGAGUUAUCACAGAGAACAUCCCAUGCGGGACAACGGGAGCCACCUGUUCUAAAGCUAUAAAGGUUUUUCUUGGGAACUUUGAACUGAAACUGAGUGAAGGAUCAUAUGAAGUAUUGGAAAGAGACAUUGGCAGUGAAGUCCCCUACCAGGUUAGGCAGAUGGGUAUUUACCUUGUGAUUGAGGCCACAAAUGGAUUAAUUCUCAUGUGGGACAAGAAGACCAGUAUCUUAAUCAAGCUAAGCCCUGAGUUCAAGGGACGGGUUUGCGGUCUUUGUGGUAACUAUGAUGGCAGUGUAUCCAAUGAUUUUAUUACAAGAAGUCAAUCAGUGGUGGUCAAUAUUCAAGAAUUUGGGAACAGUUGGAAAGCUGCCCCCACAUGUCCUGAUGCUCUGCCCCUUAAGGACCCUUGUGUUACCAACCCAUACCGUCAGACUUGGUCCCAGAAGCACUGCAGCUUUAUCAUGGGCUCAACCUUCUCCAAGUGUCAUUCCAAGGUUGAUCCUACUCCUUAUCAUGACACUUGUGUCCAAGACACAUGUGCUUGUGUUGGUGGGGACUGUGAAUGCUAUUGUACCGCUGUUGCUGCCUAUGCUGCUGCCUGUAGUCAAGCAGGAAUUGUGUUCAUGGAGAACCCUGAGAUUUGCCCUCUAUUUUGUGAUUACUAUAACCCUGAAGGAGAGUGUGAGUGGCAUUAUAAGCCUUGUGGAGCUCCCUGCAUGAAGACCUGUAGGAACCCCAGUGGCCACUGCAUGAACAUACCUGGAUUAGAAGGAUGUUAUCCAAAAUGCCCAAAGGAACGACCUUUCUUUGGAGACAUUAUGAAGUGUGUGGCUCAGGCAAAUUGUGGGUGUUAUGAUGACGAUGGAAAACGUUACAGUGUUGGAGAUAUGGUCCCCUCUUACAAGAACUGUGAAUCAUGUAUUUGCACAAAGAAAGGACGACGCUGUCAGGUGGAUAUGAGGGCAUGUUACUGUUACUAUGGAAAUAUGAAGUACAACUACGGAGAUGUCAUUUAUAACACUACUGAUGGAAUUGGAGGAUGCAUUACAGCCACAUGCUCAUUCAAUGGAACCAUCGCAUGAAAUGUCUACCCUUGUGUUCCCACCACCAAGGCGCCUACCACAACCUUCCAUUUUGAUACAACCAGUAAAAUCCCAUUGAAUAUCUCCACACCAGAGCAAAUGUCAUCGACUUCUGUAUCCUGCCUCAAAGAAGUGUGCAAGUGGUCACCAUGGUAUGAUGUCACCUGUCCCAAGUAUGGAGAAAAUGAAGGAGAUUUUGAAACCUUUGAUAAUAUCAGAAAGAAGGGCUAUUCUGUAUGUAAAGUCCCUUCUCAAGUGGAAUGUCGAGCACAAAAGUUUCCCAAAAUCUCAGUUGCAGACUUGGGCCAGAUAAUACAAUGCAAUACAUCAGUGGGACUUGUAUGUUAUAAUAGAGACCAAUUCUCUCAACUAUGUUUUAAUUAUGAGAUCAGUAUUCUCUGCUGCACCUUUGUUCCAUGUGGCGAAUCUUCUGCCUCCCCAACACCUUUUGUGACUUCUUCUCCAAACACCACUUUGACAACAAAAUCCCAAAAGACUACAAUCACAACAUCUAUACCACCAACAGGGACAUUAAAUGCAAUAUCAUCUGAAAAAACUACACCUAGAACAUCUACUAUAAAGUCAGUCACAGAAACUGUAAAGCCUUCUACAACCAAACCUCAAGCAACAACUAACAACACUCCAUGUCAGAAAGAAAUGUGCACUUGGACACCGUGGAUUGAUGUACAUUUCCCCAGCAUUAUUAAUUCUGAUGGAGACUUUGAAACAAUAGAGAACAUUAAAGCUGCUGGAAACAACGUAUGCUCAAAACCAGAGGACAUUAAGUGCAGAGCUGAAAAUUUCCCAGAUAUAACUAUUGAAGAAGUUGGCCAAAAAGUAACGUGUAAUCUCACUCAUGGUCUAAUUUGCAAUAACAAAGAUCAGGACAAGAACUUUCCUCUUUGUUACAACUACCAAAUACAAAUUCUUUGUUGCUCUAUGGAGGACUGUGAACUAUCUACCAGCCUUGCUCCUACAACUGUAGAAAUUCACUCAACCAAACAUCUUGCAACUCCUGAAUUCACAAGAACAACACAAUUGACAAAAACUACCAAAAUGGAGGCUCAUACAACUAAAAUACCCUUAACUUUUCAGCAAUCAACAAAAUAUAACACACAUAUAACUGGUUUACCAACAACUUCAGGUAAAGUAAAUUGUGUGCCAGUCUGUGAGUGGUCUCAGUGGUUUGAUGUAAGCUUUCCUAAUUCUGAUACAAAUGGAGAUUUUGAAACUUAUGAAGACAUAAAAAAAUCUGGAUUUAAAAUUUGCCAAGAGCCUUCCGAAAUUCAAUGUAGAUCUGCUGAUCUUCCAGAUUUCUCCCUGGAAGAACUUCAACAAAACGUGUACUGCAAUAUCAGUAAUGGUUUCGUUUGUCGAAAUGAGGAACAAACUGGCCCAUUACCUUAUUGUUACAAUUAUGAAAUCCGUGUGUACUGCUGUUCUGGAUGUGCAUCAACAGAGGGCAUACCUACUUCUACUAAACACUCACUGAGCACUACAAAUUUAACAACAACUUUUAAAGCUACUACUAGUCUUCCUCAGACAACAAAGAACAGGGUCACACUGCUACCUACCUCAACAUAUGAGUCAACUUCAGAUUUUGGAAAGUUAACAACCGAUGAAGACAUCUAUACAUACACGCCAAAGAAAACAAAAGCAACUGUUCCAUUUACUGAGCCACUUGAAAAAAGUAUUGAAACUACAUCAGUUAAUACAGAAAGACCAAUUUCAACUACAAUUGAAAAAGUAUCUACUACUUCACAAAAAUUUAAUUCAAUGAAAACAACUAAAAUGUCUGAAUCAGAAGAAGUGACUUCUGCCUACAAAACAACAACUAGAAAACAAUUUACAUCAGAAGCAACAUCUCCAAAAGAAUAUACUACACACAGGAGAUCAACUACAGAAACAAAACAUAUAGAAACCACUUCAAGCAAACCUAACUCAAUGAAAACUACAAAAAUGUCUACUGAGUCUGGAGAAGUCACAUUUACCCUUAAAACCACUGGUAAGAUUACAUCUGCCAAGGCGAAUACUGAGUUGCAUAAGUCAACAACUGAGUCUUCACAUGAAGAUAUGACAUCUAGAAAGCCUGUCACAACUGCUAAAGUGUCUACACAAUCUCAUAAAGUCACUUCUGCCUACAAAACGACACCUGGAAAACCAAUGACUUCUGAAGCAUCCUCUCCAAAAGAAACUACUGCAUACAGAAGGACAACUACAAAAGAGGAACAUGAAGAAACCACUUCACGCAAACCUGUCUCCAUGAAAACUACAAAAAUGUCUACUGAGUCUGGAGAAGUAACUUCUGCUUUCAAAACCACUGGUAAGAUAACAUCUGCCAAGGCGAAUACUGAUUUGCAUAAGUCAACCACUGAGUCUUCACAUGAAGAUAUGACAUCUAGAAUCCCUGUCACAACUGCUAAAGUGUCUACACAAUCUCAUAAAGUCACUUCUGCCUACAAAACGACACCUGGAAAACCAAUUACUUCAGAAGCAUCCUCUCCAAAAGAAACUACUGCAUACAGAAGGACAACUACAGAAGAGAAACAUGAAGAAACCACUUCACGCAAACCUAUCUCUGUGAAAACUACCAAAAUGUCUACUGAGUCUGGAGAAGUAACUUCUGCUUUCAAAACCACUGGUAAGAUUACAUCUGCCAAGGCAAAUACUGAUUUGCAUAAGUCAACCACUGAGUCUUCACAUGAAGAUAUGACAUCUAGAAACCCUGUCACAACUGCUAAAGUUUCUACACAAUCUCAUAAAGUCACUUCUGCCUACAAAACGACACCUGGAAAACCAAUUACUUCAGAAGCAUCCUCUCCAAAAGAAACUACUGCAUACAGAAGGACAACUACAGAAGAGGAACAUGAAGAAACCACUUCAAGCAAACCUGUCUCUAUAAAAACUACCAAAAUGUCUACUGAGUCUGGAGAAGUAACUUCUGCUUUCAAAACCACUGGUAAGAUAACAUCUGCCAAGGCGAAUACUGAUUUGCAUAAGUCAACCACUGAGUCUUCACAUGAAGAUAUGACAUCUAGAAACCCUGUCACAACUGCUAAAGUGUCAACACAAUCUCAUAAAGUCACUUCUGCCUACAAAACGACACCUGGAAAACCAAUUACUUCAGAAGCAUCCUCUCCAAAAGAAACUACUGCAUACAGAAGGACAACUACAGAAGAGAAACAUGAAGAAACAACUUCACGCAAACCUAUCUCUGUGAAAACUACCAAAAUGUCUACUGAGUCUGGAGAAGUAACUUCUGCUUUCAAAACCACUGGUAAGAUAACAUCUGCCAAGGCGAAUACUGAUUUGCAUAAGUCAACCACUGAGUCUUCACAUGAAGAUAUGACAUCUAGAAACCCUGUCACAACUGCUAAAGUGUCUACACAAUCUCAUAAAGUCACUUCAGCCUACAAAACGACACCUGGAAAACCAAUUACUUCAGAAGCAUCCUCUCCAAAAGAAACUACUGCAUACAGAAGGACAACUACAGAAGAGGAACAUGAAGAAACCACUUCACGCAAACCUAUCUCUGUGAAAACUACCAAAAUGUCUACUAAGUCUGGAGAAGAAACUUCUGCUUUCAAAACCACUGGUAAGAUAACAUCUGCCAAGGCGAAUACUGAUUUGCAUAAGUCAACCACUGAGUCUUCACAUGAAGAUAUGACAUCUAGAAACCCUGUCACAACUGCUAAAGUGUCUACACAAUCUCAUAAAGUCACUUCUGCCUACAAAACGACACCUGGAAAACCAAUGACUUCUGAAGCAUCCUCUCCAAAAGAAACUACUGCAUACAGAAGGACAACUACAAAAGAGGAACAUGAAGAAACCACUUCACGCAAACCUGUCUCCAUGAAAACUACAAAAAUGUCUACUGAGUCUGGAGAAGUAACUUCUGCUUUCAAAACCACUGGUAAGAUAACAUCUGCCAAGGCGAAUACUGAUUUGCAUAAGUCAACCACUGAGUCUUCACAUGAAGAUAUGACAUCUAGAAUCCCUGUCACAACUGCUAAAGUGUCUACACAAUCUCAUAAAGUCACUUCUGCCUACAAAACGACACCUGGAAAACCAAUUACUUCAGAAGAAUCCUCUCCAAAAGAAACUACUGCAUACAGAAGGACAACUACAGAAGAGAAACAUGAAGAAACCACUUCACGCAAACCUAUCUCUGUGAAAACUACCAAAAUGUCUACUGAGUCUGGAGAAGUAACUUCUGCUUUCAAAACCACUGUGUCUACACAAUCUCAUAAAGUCACUUCAGCCUACAAAACGACACCUGGAAAACCAAUUACUUCAGAAGCAUCCUCUCCAAAAGAAACUACUGCAUACAGAAGGACAACUACAGAAGAGGAACAUGAAGAAACCACUUCACGCAAACCUAUCUCUGUGAAAACUACCAAAAUGUCUACUAAGUCUGGAGAAGAAACUUCUGCUUUCAAAACCACUGGUAAGAUAACAUCUGCCAAGGCGAAUACUGAUUUGCAUAAGUCAACCACUGAGUCUUCACAUGAAGAUAUGACAUCUAGAAACCCUGUCACAACUGCUAAAGUGUCUACACAAUCUCAUAAAGUCACUUCUGCCUACAAAACGACACCUGGAAAACCAAUGACUUCUGAAGCAUCCUCUCCAAAAGAAACUACUGCAUACAGAAGGACAACUACAAAAGAGGAACAUGAAGAAACCACUUCACGCAAACCUGUCUCCAUGAAAACUACAAAAAUGUCUACCGAGUCUGGAGAAGUAACUUCUGCUUUCAAAACCACUGGUAAGAUAACAUCUGCCAAGGCGAAUACUGAUUUGCAUAAGUCAACCACUGAGUCUUCACAUGAAGAUAUGACAUCUAGAAUCCCUGUCACAACUGCUAAAGUGUCUACACAAUCUCAUAAAGUCACUUCUGCCUACAAAACGACACCUGGAAAACCAAUUACUUCAGAAGCAUCCUCUCCAAAAGAAACUACUGCAUACAGAAGGACAACUACAGAAGAGAAACAUGAAGAAACCACUUCACGCAAACCUAUCUCUGUGAAAACUACCAAAAUGUCUACUGAGUCUGGAGAAGUAACUUCUGCUUUCAAAACCACUGGUAAGAUUACAUCUGCCAAGGCAAAUACUGAUUUGCAUAAGUCAACAACUGAGUCUUCACAUGAAGAUAUGACAUCUAGAAACCCUGUCACAACUGCUAAAGUUUCUACACAAUCUCAUAAAGUCACUUCUGCCUACAAAACGACACCUGGAAAACCAAUUACUUCAGAGGCAUCCUCUCCAAAAGAAACUACUGCAUACAGAAGGACAACUACAGAAGAGGAACAUGAAGAAACCACUUCAAGCAAACCUGUCUCUAUAAAAACUACCAAAAUGUCUACUGAGUCUGGAGAAGUAACUUCUGCUUUCAAAACCACUGGUAAGAUAACAUCUGCCAAGGCGAAUACUGAUUUGCAUAAGUCAACCACUGAGUCUUCACAUGAAGAUAUGACAUCUAGAAACCCUGUCACAACUGCUAAAGUGUCAACACAAUCUCAUAAAGUCACUUCUGCCUACAAAACGACACCUGGAAAACCAAUUACUUCAGAAGCAUCCUCUCCAAAAGAAACUACUGCAUACAGAAGGACAACUACAGAAGAGAAACAUGAAGAAACAACUUCACGCAAACCUAUCUCUGUGAAAACUACCAAAAUGUCUACUGAGUCUGGAGAAGUAACUUCUGCUUUCAAAACCACUGGUAAGAUAACAUCUGCCAAGGCGAAUACUGAUUUGCAUAAGUCAACCACUGAGUCUUCACAUGAAGAUAUGACAUCUAGAAACCCUGAACAUGAAGAAACCACUUCACGCAAACCUAUCUCUGUGAAAACUACCAAAAUGUCUACUAAGUCUGGAGAAAUAACAUCUGCCAAGGCGAAUACUGAUUUGCAUAAGUCAACCACAGAAGCAUCCUCUCCAAAAGAAACUACUGCAUACAGAAGGACAACUACAGAAGAGAAACAUGAAGAAACCACUUCACGCAAACCUAUCUCUGUGAAAACUACCAAAAUGUCUACUGAGUCUGGAGAAGUAACUUCUGCUUUCAAAACCACUGGUAAGAUUACAUCUGCCAAGGCAAAUACUGAUUUGCAUAAGUCAACAACUGAGUCUUCACAUGAAGAUAUGACAUCUAGAAACCCUGUCACAACUGCUAAAGUUUCUACACAAUCUCAUAAAGUCACUUCUGCCUACAAAACGACACCUGGAAAACCAAUUACUUCAGAAGCAUCCUCUCCAAAAGAAACUACUGCAUACAGAAGGACAACUACAGAAGAGGAACAUGAAGAAACCACUUCAAGCAAACCUGUCUCUAUAAAAACUACCAAAAUGUCUACUGAGUCUGGAGAAGUAACUUCUGCUUUCAAAACCACUGGUAAGAUAACAUCUGCCAAGGCGAAUACUGAUUUGCAUAAGUCAACCACUGAGUCUUCACAUGAAGAUAUGACAUCUAGAAACCCUGUCACAACUGCUAAAGUUUCUACACAAUCUCAUAAAGUCACUUCUGCCUACAAAACGACACCUGGAAAACCAAUUACUUCAGAAGCAUCCUCUCCAAAAGAAACUACUGCAUACAGAAGGACAACUACAGAAGAGGAACAUGAAGAAACCACUUCAAGCAAACCUGUCUCUAUAAAAACUACCAAAAUGUCUACUGAGUCUGGAGAAGUAACUUCUGCUUUCAAAACCACUGGUAAGAUAACAUCUGCCAAGGCGAAUACUGAUUUGCAUAAGUCAACCACUGAGUCUUCACAUGAAGAUAUGACAUCUAGAAACCCUGUCACAACUGCUAAAGUGUCAACACAAUCUCAUAAAGUCACUUCUGCCUACAAAACGACACCUGUAAAACCAAUUACUUCAGAAGCAUCCUCUCCAAAAGAAACUACUGCAUACAGAAGGACAACUACAGAAGAGAAACAUGAAGAAACCACUUCACGCAAACCUAUCUCUGUGAAAACUACCAAAAUGUCUACUGAGUCUGGAGAAGUAACUUCUGCUUUCAAAACCACUGGCAAGAUAACAUCUGCCAAGGCGAAUACUGAUUUGCAUAAGUCAACCACUGAGUCUUCACAUGAAGAUAUGACAUCUAGAAACCCUGUCACAACUGCUAAAGUGUCUACACAAUCUCAUAAAGUCACUUCAGCCUACAAAACGACACCUGGAAAACCAAUUACUUCAGAAGCAUCCUCUCCAAAAGAAACUACUGCAUACAGAAGGACAACUACAGAAGAGGAACAUGAAGAAACCACUUCACGCAAACCUAUCUCUGUGAAAACUACCAAAAUGUCUACUAAGUCUGGAGAAGUAACUUCUGCUUUCAAAACCACUGGUAAGAUAACAUCUGCCAAGGCGAAUACUGAUUUGCAUAAGUCAACCACUGAGUCUUCACAUGAAGAUAUGACCACUUCACGCAAACCUAUCUCUGUGAAAACUACCAAAAUGUCUACUGAGUCUGGAGAAGUAACUUCUGCUUUCAAAACCACUGGUAAGAUUACAUCUGCCAAGGCAAAUACUGAUUUGCAUAAGUCAACAACUGAGUCUUCACAUGAAGAUAUGACCACUUCAAGCAAACCUGUCUCUAUAAAAACUACCAAAAUGUCUACUGAGUCUGGAGAAGUAACUUCUGCUUUCAAAACCACUGGUAAGAUAACAUCUGCCAAGGCGAAUACUGAUUUGCAUAAGUCAACCACUGAGUCUUCACAUGAAGAUAUGACAUCUAGAAACCCUGUCACAACUGCUAAAGUGUCAACACAAUCUCAUAAAGUCACUUCUGCCUACAAAACGACACCUGGAAAACCAAUUACUUCAGAAGCAUCCUCUCCAAAAGAAACUACUGCAUACAGAAGGACAACUACAGAAGAGAAACAUGAAGAAACAACUUCACGCAAACCUAUCUCUGUGAAAACUACCAAAAUGUCUACUGAGUCUGGAGAAGUAACUUCUGCUUUCAAAACCACUGGUAAGAUAACAUCUGCCAAGGCGAAUACUGAUUUGCAUAAGUCAACCACUGAGUCUUCACAUGAAGAUAUGACAUCUAGAAACCCUGUCACAACUGCUAAAGUGUCUACACAAUCUCAUAAAGUCACUUCAGCCUACAAAACGACACCUGGAAAACCAAUUACUUCAGAAGCAUCCUCUCCAAAAGAAACUACUGCAUACAGAAGGACAACUACAGAAGAGGAACAUGAAGAAACCACUUCACGCAAAUCUGUCUCUAUAAAAACUACCAAAAUGUCUACUGAGUCUGGAGAAGUAACUUCUGCUUUCAAAACCACUGGUAAGAUUACAUCUGCCAAGGCAAAUACUGAUUUGCAAAAGUCAACAACUGAGUCUUCACAUGAAGAUAUGACAUCUAGAAACCCUGUCACAACUGCUAAAGUUUCUACACAAUCUCAUAAAGUCACUUCUGCCUACAAAACGACACCUGGAAAACCAAUUACUUCAGAAGCAUCCUCUCCAAAAGAAACUACUGCAUACAGAAGGACAACUACAGAAGAGGAACAUGAAGAAACCACUUCACGCAAACCUGUCUCUAUAAAAACUACCAAAAUGUCUACUGAGUCAGGAGAAGUAACUUCUGCUUUCAAAACCACUGGUAAGAUAACAUCUGCCAAGGCGAAUACUGAUUUGCAUAAGUCAACCACUGAGUCUUCACAUGAAGAUAUGACAUCUAGAAACCCUGUCACAACUGCUAAAGUGUCUACACAAUCUCAUAAAGUCACUUCUGCCUACAAAACGACACCUGGUAAACCAAUUACUUCAGAAGCAUCCUCUCCAAAAGAAACUACUGCAUACAGAAGGACAACUACAGAAGAGGAACAUGAAGAAACCACUUCACGCAAAUCUGUCUCUAUAAAAACUACCAAAAUGUCUACUGAGUCUGGAGAAGUAACUUCUGCUUUCAAAACCACUGGUAAGAUUACAUCUGCCAAGGCAAAUACUGAUUUGCAAAAGUCAACAACUGAGUCUUCACAUGAAGAUAUGACAUCUAGAAACCCUGUCACAACUGCCAAAGUUUCUACACAAUCUCAUAAAGUCACUUCUGCCUACAAAACGACACCUGGAAAACCAAUUACUUCAGAAGCAUCCUCUCCAAAAGAAACUACUGCAUACAGAAGGACAACUACAGAAGAGGAACAUGAAGAAACCACUUCACGCAAACCUGUCUCUAUAAAAACUACCAAAAUGUCUACUGAGUCAGGAGAAGUAACUUCUGCUUUCAAAACCACUGGUAAGAUAACAUCUGCCAAGGCGAAUACUGAUUUGCAUAAGUCAACCACUGAGUCUUCACAUGAAGAUAUGACAUCUAGAAACCCUGUCACAACUGCUAAAGUGUCUACACAAUCUCAUAAAGUAACUUCUGCCUACAAAACGACACCUGGAAAACCAAUUACUUCAGAAGCAUCCUCUCCAAAAGAAACUACUGCAUACAGAAGGACAACUACAGAAGAGGAACAUGAAGAAACCACUUCACGCAAACCUAUCUCUGUGAAAACUACCAAAAUGUCUACUGAGUCUGGAGAAGUAACUUCUGCUUUCAAAACCACUGGUAAGAUAACAUCUGCCAAGGCAAAUACUGAUUUGCAUAAGUCAACCACUGAGUCUUCACAUGAAAAUAUGACAUCUAGAAACCCUGUCACAACUGCUAAAGUGUCUACACAAUCUCAUGAAGUCACUUCUGCCUUCAAAACGACACCUGGAAAACCAAUUACUUCAGAAGCAUCCUCUCCAAAAGAAACUACUGCAUACAGAAGGACAACUACAGAAGAGGAACAUGAAGAAACCACUUCACGCAAAUCUGUCUCUAUAAAAACUACCAAAAUGUCUACUGAGUCUGGAGAAGUAACUUCUGCUUUCAAAACCACUGGUAAGAUAACAUCUGCCAAGGCGAAUACUGAUUUGCAUAAGUCAACCACUGAGUCUUCACAUGAAGAUAUGACAUCUAGAAACCCUGUCACAACUGCUAAAGUGUCUACACAAUCUCAUAAAGUCACUUCUGCCUACAAAACGACACCUGGAAAACCAAUUACUUCAGAAGCAUCCUCUCCAAAAGAAACUACUGCAUACAGAAGGACAACUACAGAAGAGGAACAUGAAGAAACCACUUCACGCAAACCUAUCUCUGUGAAAACUACCAAAAUUUCUACUGAGUCUGGAGAAGUAACUUCUGCUUUCAAAACCACUGGUAAGAUAACAUCUGCCAAGGUGAAUACUGAUUUGCAUAAGUCAACCACUGAGUCUUCACAUGAAGAUAUGACAUCUAGAAACCCUGUCACAACUGCUAAAGUGUCUACACAAUCUCAUAAAGUCACUUCUGCCUUCAAAACGACACCUGGAAAACCAAUUACUUCAGAAGCAUCCUCUCCAAAAGAAACUACUGCAUACAGAAGGACAACUACAGAAGAGGAACAUGAAGAAACCACUUCACACAAACCUGUCUCUAUAAAAACUACCAAAAUGUCUACUGAGUCUGGAGAAGUAACUUCUGCUUUCAAAACCACUGGUAAGAUAACAUCUGCCAAGGCAAAUACUGAUUUGCAUAAGUCAACCACUGAGUCUUCACAUGAAGAUAUGACAUCUAGAAACCCAGUCACAACUGCUAAAGUGUCUACACAAUCUCAUAAAGUCACUUCUGCCUACAAAACAACACCUGGAAAACCAAUUACUUCAGAAGCAUCCUCUCCAAAAGAAACUACUGCAUACAGAAGGACAACUACAGAAGAGGAACAUGAAGAAACCACUUCACGCAAACCUAUCUCUGUGAAAACUACCAAAAUGUCUACUGAGUCUGGAGAAGUAACUUCUGCUUUCAAAACCACUGGUAAGAUAACAUCUGCCAAGGCAAAUACUGAUUUGCAUAAGUCAACCACUGAGUCUUCACAUGAAGAUAUGACAUCUAGAAGCCCUGUCACAACUGCUAAAGUUUCUACACAAUUUUAUAAAGUCACUUCUGCCUACAAAACGACACCUGGAAAACCAAUUACUUCAGAAGCAUCCUCUCCAAAAGAAACUACUGCAUACAGAAGGACAACUACAGAAGAGGAACAUGAAGAAACCACUUCACGCAAACCUGUCUCUAUAAAAACUACCAAAAUGUCUACUGAGUCUGGAGAAGUAACUUCUGCUUUCAAAACCACUGGUAAGAUAACAUCUGCCAAGGCGAAUACUGAUUUGCAUAAGUCAACCACUGAGUCUUCACAUGAAGAUAUGACAUCUAGAAACCCUGUCACAACUGCUAAAGUGUCUACACAAUCUCAUAAAGUCACUUCUGCCUACAAAACGACACCUGGAAAACCAAUUACUUCAGAAGCAUCCUCUCCAAAAGAAACUACUGCAUACAGAAGGACAACUACAGAAGAGGAACAUGAAGAAACCACUUCACGCAAACCUAUCUCUGUGAAAACUACCAAAAUGUCUACUGAGUCUGGAGAAGUAACUUCUGCUUUCAAAACCACUGUCACUUCUGCCUACAAAACGACACCUGGAAAACCAAUUACUUCAGAAGCAUCCUCUCCAAAAGAAACUACUGCAUACAGGAGGACAACUACAGAAGAGGAACAUGAAGAAACCACUUCACGCAAACCUGUCUCUAUAAAAACUACCAAAAUGUCUACUGAGUCUGGAGAAAUAACAUCUGCCAAGGCGAAUACUGAUUUGUAUAAGUCAACCACUGAGUCUUCACAUGAAGAUAUGACAUCUAGAAAUCCUGUCACAACUGCUAAAGUGUCUACACAAUCUCAUAAAGUCACUUCUGCCUACAAAACGACACCUGGAAAACCAAUUACUUCAGAAGCAUCCUCUCCAAAAGAAACUACUGCAUACAGAAGGACAACUACAGAAGAGGAACAUGAAGAAACCACUUCACACAAACCUAUCUCUGUGAAAACUACCAAAAUGUCUACUGAGUCUGGAGAAGUAACUUCUGCUUUCAAAACCACUGGUAAGAUAACAUCUGCCAAGGCGAAUACUGAUUUGCAUAAGUCAACCACUGAGUCUUCACAUGAAGAUAUGACAUCUAGAAACCCUGUCACAACUGCUAAAGUUUCUACACAAUCUCAUAAAGUCACUUCUGCCUACAAAACGACACCUGGAAAACCAAUUACUUCAGAAGCAUCCUCUCCAAAAGAAACUACUGCAUACAGAAGGACAACUACAGAAGAGGAACAUGAAGAAACCACUUCACGCAAACCUGUCUCUAUAAAAACUACCAAAAUGUCUACUGUGUCUGGAGAAGUAACUUCUUCUGGAGAAGUAACUUCUGCUUUCAAAACCACUGGUAAGAUUACAUCUGCCAAGGCAAAUACUGAUUUGCAUAAGUCAACCACUGAGUCUUCACAUGAAGAUAUGACAUCUAGAAACCCUAUCACAACUGCUAAAGUUUCUACACAAUCUCAUAAAGUCACUUCUGCCUACAAAACGACACCUGGAAAACCAAUUACUUCAGAAGCAUCCUCUCCAAAAGAAACUACUGCAUACAGAAGGACAACUACAGAAGAGGAACAUGAAGAAACCACUUCACGCAAACCUGUCUCUAUAAAAACUACCAAAAUGUCUACUGAGUCUGGAGAAGUAACUUCUGCUUUCAAAACCACUGGUAAGAUAACAUCUGCCAAGGCGAAUACUGAUUUGCAUAAGUCAACCACUGAGUCUUCACAUGAAGAUAUGACAUCUAGAAACCCUGUCACAACUGCUAAAGUGUCUACACAAUCUCAUAAAGUCACUUCUGCCUACAAAACGACACCUGGAAAACCAAUUACUUCAAAAGCAUCCUCUCCAAAAGAAACUACUGCAUACAGAAGGACAACUACAGAAGAGGAACAUGAAGAAACCACUUCACACAAACCUAUCUCUGUGAAAACUACCAAAAUGUCUACUGAGUCUGGAGAAGUAACUUCUGCUUUCAAAACCACUGGUAAGAUAACAUCUGCCAAGGCGAAUACUGAUUUGCAUAAGUCAACCACUGAGUCUUCACAUGAAGAUAUGACAUCUAGAAACCCUGUCACAACUGCUAAAGUGUCUACACAAUCUCAUAAAGUCACUUCUGCCUACAAAACGACACCUGGAAAACCAAUUACUUCAGAAGCAUCCUCUCCAAAAGAAACUACUGCAUACAGAAAGACAACUACAGAAGAGGAACUUGAAGAAACCACUUCACACAAACCUAUCUCUGUGAAAACUACCAAAAUGUCUACUGAGUCAGGAGAAGUAACUCCUGCUUUCAAAACCACUGGUAAGAUAACAUCUGCCAAGGCGAAUACUGAUUUGCAUAAGUCAACCACUGAGUCUUCACAUGAAGAUAUGACCACUUCACACAAACCUAUCUCUGUGAAAACUACCAAAAUGUCUACUGAGUCUGGAGAAGUAACUUCUGCUUUCAAAACCACUGGUAAGAUUACAUCUGCCAAGGCAAAUACUGAUUUGCAUAAGUCAACAACUGAGUCUUCACAUGAAGAUAUGACAUCUAGAAACCCUGUCACAACUGCUAAAGUGUCUACACAAUCUCAUGAAGUCACUUCUGCCUACAAAACGACACCCGGAAAACCAAUGACUUCUGAAGCAUCCUCUCCAAAAGAAACUACUGCAUACAGAAGGACAACUACAGAAGAGGAACAUGAAGAAACCACUUCACGCAAACCUGUCUCAAUGAAAACUACAAAAAUGUCUACUGAGUCUGGAGAAGUAACUUCUGCUUUCAAAACCACUGGUAAGAUAACAUCUGCCAAGGCGAAUACUGAUUUGCAUAAGUCAACCACUGAGUCUUCACAUGAAGAUAUGACAUCUAGAAGCCCUGAACAUGAAGAAACCACUUCACGCAAACCUGUCUCAAUGAAAACUACAAAAAUGUCUACUGAGUCUGGAGAAGUAACUUCUGCUUUCAAAACCACUGGUAAGAUAACAUCUGCCAAGGCGAAUACUGAUUUGCAUAAGUCAACCACUGAGUCUUCACAUGAAGAUAUGACCACUUCACGCAAACCUAUCUCUGUGAAAACUACCAAAAUGUCUACUGAGUCUGGAGAAGUAACUUCUGCUUUCAAAACCACUGGUAAGAUUACAUCUGCCAAGGCAAAUACUGAUUUGCAUAAGUCAACCACUGAGUCUUCACAUGAAGAUAUGACAUCUAGAAACCCUGUCACAACUGCUAAAGUGUCUACACAAUCUCAUAAAGUCACUUCUGCCUUCAAAACGACACCUGGAAAACCAAUUACUUCAGAAGCAUCCUCUCCAAAAGAAACUACUGCAUACAGAAGGACAACUACAGAAGAGGAACAUGAAGAAACCACUUCACGCAAACCUAUCUCUGUGAAAACUACCAAAAUGUCUACUGAGUCUGGAGAAGUAACUUCUGCUUUCAAAACCACUGGUAAGAUAACAUCUGCCAAGGCAAAUACUGAUUUGCAUAAGUCAACCACUGAGUCUUCACAAGAAGAUAUGACAUCUAGAAACCCUGUCACAACUGCUAAAGUGUCUACACAAUCUCAUAAAGUCACUUCUGCCUACAAAACGACACCUGGAAAACCAAUGACUUCUGAAACAGCAUCUCCAAAGGAAACUACUGCAUACAUCAGGUCAACCACAGUAGAGAAACAUGAAGAAACCACUACCCGCAAACCUGUCUCCAUGAAAACUACUAAGAUGUCAACUGAGUCUGGAGAAGUAACUUCUCCUUUCAAAACCACUGGUAAGACAACAUCUGCCAAGGCAAAUACUGAUUUGCAUAAGUCAACCACUGAGUCUUCACAUGAAGAUAUGACAUCUAGAAAACCUGUCACAACUGCCAAAGUGUCUACAAAAUCUCAUGAAGUCACUUCUGUUUACAAAACAACACCUGGAAAACCAAUGACUUCUGAAGCAGCAUCUCCAAAGGAAACUACUGCAUACAGGAGGUCAACCACAGAAGAGGAACAUGAAGAAACCACUUCCUACAAACCUGUCUCAAUGAAAACUACUAAAAUGUCUACUGAGUCUGGAGAAGCAACUUCUGCUUUCAAAACCACUGGUAAAAUAACAUCUGCCAAGGUCAAUACUGAUUUGCAUAAGUCAACCACUGAGUCUUCACAUGAAGAUAUGACAUCUAGAAAACCUGUCACAACUGCCAAAACUACCCUUGAUAGGAUAAGUUCUGUUAAGACAACACCUUUCCAGCCAAGUACUGUCUUUUAUAAGUCAACCACUGAAUCUAAACUUGAUUUGACAUCUCAAAAGCCAAGAACAGUUGAGACUACCAAAGUGGUUACAGAAUCUCAUGAAGUAACUGCAACAUCUCAUAGCAUUUUUAGUACAAAGAGUACAUCUGAAGAAAUGUUGUCCACGCAAUUUUAUUCACAGCAACCCCCAAAAUCUACACAUCAGUCAACAUUCCCAACUACUGGAAAAGUCAGCACGGAGCGGACCGUUACAACAACCUCUCAACUAUCAACAGCAGGCACUGAAUCGUUUUCUACAGUUCGAUGCAUGUGCAAUGUCAACGGAGUUUUUGUUCCUCCAGGACAAGUGAUAUACAACACCACUGACAAUGCAGGCUGGUGUUUCUAUGCAAAAUGCAAUCAAAACUGCGAGGUGGAAAGAUACAGUGAACAAUGUUACAGUUCUACUGUGCCAACUGUUACCAGUAGUACUAAGACCUCCAAGACUGUAACUGCAAGUACAGGUACUAUGACUACAAAGAAGACAGAAAGUACUACAAAGAAAUCAGAAACAAGCACCAAGACAUCUCAGACAUCUCAAACCAAGACUUCAACAUCAAGUGCUAGUUCAACCAGCACUAUCAACCCUGAAUGCAGUGCUCUUAUGCCUCCACGAGCGGUGAACGAAACUUGGAUGAUAGACAAUUGUACCCAGGCAAGAUGUAUUGGAGGAAACAACAUAGCCAUAAAUAAGAAAGAGUGUGCACCAAUAAACGAGGUGGUCUGUGCCAAUCGCUUACAGCCCCAGAAGAUAUUUGAUGAUAGUGGCUGCUGCUAUGAGCCGGAAUGUCAAUGUGUUUGCGGUGGUUGGGGAACCUCUAACUAUAUCACUUUUGAUGGUACUUACUACUCUUUUAAUGGUCAAUGCACCUAUGUCCUGGUGCAGCAGAUAACUCCAGUCUUUGAUCACUUCCGAGUUUAUAUUGACAACUUCUCUUGCAACCCUGAUGACCCAAAUUGUGUGAAGACUCUACGUAUUAUGUACAAAAAUGACACUAUUGUGCUGAAAUCCCAGUCUUUGAUUCAAAGAAUAUUCAACAAGAUUUAUAUAAAUGAAGAGAGGGUAUAUCCAGCAAUCUACAGAAAUGGUAUAUUGAUCACAACCUCCGGUAUAUAUGUUGUUGUGGAGAUCCCAGAGCUUGGUGCAUACAUCUCAUUCAAUGCUCUUAGCUUCACGGUGAAACUUCCAAUCAGCAAGUUUUCUGGUAAUACUGAAGGACACUGUGGUAAAUGUUCAAAUAAUCGGAUUGAUGACUGUAUUCUUCCAAAUGGACAACUGGCUCCAUCAUGUACUCAAAUGGCAGGGCAAUGGAAUGCACCAAGUGAAGACUCAACAUGCAGCUCCAUCCCUACAACUGCCCCAACUGGUAUUCCAAGCCAGUCCGCACUCCCAUUCUCUUCAUUGCCACCCACAUAUUUCUCCACUGGUAUGUCCAGUGUUCCCCAUAUUCUUUCAACAAGGGUUCCAUCAACUGAGCUGUCUUAUCUUCCUUCAACCUCUUUGACAACAAAGCAAGUAAUUUCGUCAGAAGAACCCUGCAAUGCCCCUGAGGUCUGCACACUUAUCUUAAGCAGUGUCUUUGAGGAAUGCCACAGUGUUGUGCCCCCCGAACCUUACUACCAGGCCUGUGUCACUGAUGGCUGUACUAAGUCACACGGUGACAUUCUGUGUUCCAGUCUACAGAGCUAUGCAAGGAUCUGCGGAAUGGAAGGUGUCUGUAUAGACUGGAGAAACAGUACCAAUGGUUUAUGCUCUAUGAACUGUACCUCACAUCUUGUGUACAAUCCAUGUGGCCCUGCAGUAGAACGUACCUGUGAUUCCAGAUAUAAUGACGCAUUUUUGAAUGAGGGUACAGAAGACUUCAUGGAAGGAUGCUACUGCCCUGAAAACAUGACAAAACACAACGCCGUAUCAGACAAAUGUGUUUCCACUUGUGGAUGUACUGGACCAGAUGGAAUGCCCCGAGAGCCUGGUGAUACGUGGGACAGCAACUGUAAGACCUGUCGCUGUGAUAACACAUCAAUGAGUGUGCAGUGCGUUGAAAAAUCCUGCGCUUUACCUGUCUCUGAAAACUGCACUAAGGAAGGAUAUAUGCCUGUUUCUGUACCAGACCUAUCUAAUCCAUGCUGCCUAGUCACUGAAUGCCGUUGUAAUGUCAGUCUUUGUGCCAACACUAAAAUAGACUGUGAGCCUGGAUAUGAGGCUGUGUUAUAUACCAGUCCAGAAAAGUGCUGCCCAGUCUACAAAUGUGAACCCAAAGAUGUGUGUUUACAUAAUGGGACAGAAUAUCAGCCUGGUACCACAGUUCAUUCUUCAAACCCUUGUGAAAAAUGUAUGUGUGAUGAAAAUAUGAAUGAGACAACAGGAAUAUAUCAUGUUUCUUGUACUCCAGUGAUAUGUGACAAGAAGUGUGCUCAGGGCUUUAAAUAUACAAACGUCCCAGGACAAUGCUGUGGAACAUGUGAACAGACCGAGUGUAUCAUGGACUUGCCUGAUAACUCUACACAUCUUCUCAAGCCUGGAGAUACAUGGUCGCCUCCUGGAGAUAACUGCACUGAAUAUGAGUGUAUCCGUAAGAAAGACAAGUUAUUAACUGUGGCAUCCAAAAUAUCAUGCCCAAGAAUCAACCUCGAUGAAUGUGUACCUGGCACCAUUCAAAAAGAUCCAAACGGAUGUUGUGUAACAUGUGUGAAAGAAGAAAAUAAGUGUCAGAAGGUAAAGACGGACAACAUCAUUCUUCAAAAUGGCUGCAAGUCUAUCAAGCCGAUUACAAUGUCAUACUGUCAAGGAAACUGUGAAAGCUAUUCCAAAUACUCUGCAGAAUCUCAGUCUAUGGAGAAAAAAUGUGUUUGUUGCAAAGAGACAGAAACAGAAAAGAUUUCCAUUAUCCUUACUUGUCCCAACGGCAAGACAAUGAAAUACUCUUUUAUUAAUGUGAAGAAAUGUAACUGUGUUGACACCACCUGCAAAAAAGAAAACAAACAGAAUAGUAAAGAAGACAACUCUGGAGAUGAUAGCCAAUCAGAUUCUAAUGAGAAAGAGGUAGAUGGUAAGGACAAAAUAGCUCCAGUAACCAAGCAGGGCCCUACAAUCUCAAACAAACCAAUGAAGACCACUAGACAGCUUCAGGAGAAAAAAGACAACGAUGAGAAUAGUAAGGAAAAUGAAUAG